UAUGCAUGCAAAGUAAGAGAAAAAAGCAGCUGGCAACACUGAUUUGACUUAUUUUAAUAUUGUCUGAUAUAUUGAUGCAUUUCAUUAUAAAAAUAUUACUUUCACGUAAUUGUUUAAAUAUCUGUGAUACUGAAAAAAAAAUCUUUUGACUGUGAUGCUGUUUCAAAUUAGUUAUUAUUAUAGAUUACUUUUUGAAUGAGAUCGGACGCGUUUGGUACGAAUUGAUUCCAUCCAAUAUGGCGGAUUCUAUAAAAUUUUCAAAAGUUGUUUACUGUGGGUUAUCCGGCUGUUAUGUUUGUACAUUUUAAAGGUCAUUUAUGUUUUAAACAACACAGUGUAACGCCGUGUAGUUGAGUGUGUUUUGUGAACCGUCUAAUGAAGACCUUUCUAUUAAGAAAAUUACAUUAUAUUUUGAAGUGUUGUUAACGCAGACUGGUGUAAUAAGUGCAGUGUAGUGUGUUUUCUGUUCCAUAAUGAAGACAUUACGUCAGUAGUGAAAUCGCCCGCGAUGUCACAAUAUGAGCGGUCGCGAUGAGCCUGCCGCGCCACCCGCCCCCGGCAUCGCUCUGCAACUCAUGGGUGUGGAGCGCGUCGGCGCUCAGGGCGGCGGCGCCAGCGCGCUCAAUGGCGGGCCGCCCCCCCUCCCCGCGCCGCCCGCGCUCUCCCCGCGCUCCCCGCGCGACGAGCCGCCGCGCAAGCGCGCCAAGCUGCCCGACGACGCCGCCGCGCUGCGCCGCCGCAUCCUCGACUGCGAGCUGCAGCGCCUGAGGAACCUGCGCGACCGGUUCACGGAGCAACUGAGCGAGCUGUACUUCCUGCAGGCCGGCGGCAACAUGAUGGACUACGCCGUGUGGCGCAAGCGGCCGCCGGCGCCGCAGCUGCUCGCCUUCCUGGAGGCGCGGCGGCCGGCGGCGCUGAGCGCGGCGCCCGAGCCGGCGCCGGCCGCGUCGCCGGCGGACGAGAUGGUGGAGAAGGCCAAGCAGGAGGCGUACGUGGCGGGGCGCGUGGCGGAGCUGGCGCGGGCGGGGCUGUGGGCGGAGCGGCGCCUGCCGCGCGUGCUGGAGCCGCCGCGCACCAAGUCGCACUGGGACUACCUGCUGGAGGAGAUGGCGUGGCUGGCGCAGGACUUCGCGCACGAGCGCAAGUGGAAGAAGCAGGCUGCUAAAAAGUGUGCUCGAGCAGUUCAAAAGUAUUUCCAAGAUAAAGCUAUAGCAGCACAGAAAGCAGAAAAAGCUCAAGAAAUACAGCUUAGAAAAAUUGCUGCUUUUGCAGCUAAGGAAAUAAGAACAUUUUGGUCCAAUGUAGAAAAGCUGGUGGAGUGGAAGCGAGUGCGGCGCGUGGAGCGGGCGCGCAAGCAGGCGCUGGACGAGCAGCUCAGCUACAUCGUCGACAAGACCGAGCGAUACUCGCGCCAGCUCGCCGCCAACCUCGCCGCGCCGCCGCCCGACGACGACUUCACGCCGCGCGGCGCCUCCGACGACGACGAGUCCACCAUCGCCGCCGCCGAGCGCGACGCGCCCGCCGACCACGCCGCCGAGCUGGAGGCGCUGCGCCGCGACUCCAGCGCCCCGCUGCGCGACCUGCUGCCGCCCGGCUACCUGGCGCAGUCGCCGCCGCCCUCCGACUACGGGCCCGACGCCGACGACUCCGCCGACGACGAGCGCUCCAUCGCCGCGCAGGAGCGACGCGAGCGCGGCGACGCCGGCGCCGAGCUGGCACAGCUGCGCCGCGACGCCGACCUCGGCCUGGACGAGCUGCGCCGCCGCUACGCGCAGCCGCCGCGCGACGCCGAUUCCUCGCCCGCGCGCUCCGCCGACUCCUCCUCCAGCGACAGCUCCGACUCGGAGUCGGACGCCAGCGAGUCGUCGGCGGCGUCGGAGGCGCUGGAGGCGCUGAUGGAGGAAGCGCCGGCGGCGGACGCGGCGCCGGGCGACGCGUCGGAGCGGCGCGUGGAGGCGGCGGCCGUGCUGGCGGCGUCGCUGCAGCCCACGGGCACCACGCUGUCGGAGACGGCCGUGGCCACGCCGGUGCCGCGGCUGCUGCGCCACGUGCUGCGCGAGUACCAGCACGUGGGGCUGCACUGGCUGGCCACCAUGUACGCGCGCGGCCUGAACGGCAUCCUGGCGGACGAGAUGGGGCUCGGCAAGACGGUGCAAACCAUCGCUCUGCUGGCUCACCUGGCGCAGGAGCGCGGCGACUGGGGCCCGCACCUGGUGGUGGCGCCCACCUCCGUGGUGCUCAACUGGGAAAUGGAGUUCAAGAAGUGGUGUCCCGCCUUCAAGAUUCUCACUUACUACGGCACUAUAAAGGAACGCAAGAUGAAACGUGUCGGGUGGACUAAAGCGAACUCUUUUCAUGUGUGUAUAACCUCGUAUAAACUCGUAGUGCAGGACCAUCAAAGUUUUCGAAGAAAACGUUGGAAAUAUUUGAUUCUCGAUGAGGCACAGAACAUUAAAAACUUCAAAUCUCAAAGGUGGCAGAUGCUAUUAAAUUUUCAAACAGAGAGACGACUGUUGUUGACCGGCACGCCGCUGCAAAACAGUUUGCUGGAACUGUGGUCGCUGAUGCACUUCCUCAUGCCCGACGUGUUCGCCUCGCACUCUGAGUUCCGCGAGUGGUUCAGCGAGGUGGCCGGCAUCGCCGACGGCUCCAACCGCUACAACGAGGCGCUGGUGCGGCGCCUGCACGAGGUGCUGCGUCCCUUCCUGCUGCGCCGCCUCAAACAGGACGUCGAGCGUCAGAUGCCGCGCAAGUACGAGCACGUGCUGCUGUGCCGCCUCUCCAAGCGCCAGCGCUUCCUCUACGAUGACUUCAUGUCGCGAGCCAAGACCAAGGAGAGCCUGGCGUCCGGCCAUCUGCUGAGCGUCAUCAACGUGCUCAUGCAGCUGCGUAAGGUGUGCAACCACCCCGACCUGUUCGAACCGCGGCCCGUAUCCUCGCCUCUGCAGGAGCCGGGCCUGCGCCUCGUCGUGCCCGCGCUGGCGCUGCUGGCCGGGCCCGCCGAGCGCGUGGAGCUGGCCGCGCGCCUGGGCGGCGACCUGGCCUCGCUCGAGCUGGCCGGCGCCGGCGCCUUCGCCGCGCACCGCGCCCGCCACCUCGCGCCGCCGCGCCGCCUCGUGGAGGAGCUCUGCGCCGCGCCCGCCCGCGCCUCGCCGCCGCGCGUGCCGCCCGCCGGCCUGCGCCUGCACCUGCGCCUCGUGCCGCGCGCGCCGCCGCCGCCGCACGCCGCGCCCGCGCCCGCGCCGCCGCGGCCGCGCGUGGCGCCCGCGCCGCCCCGGGCCGCGCCGGCGGCGGGCGCGGCGGCGCGGCUGGCGGCGCGGCGGCAGGCGUGCGCGCGGCGGCUGGCGGCGUGCAACGAGCGGCGCUGCUGGCGGCUGCCGCUGUACGGCGCCGACCUGCGCGCGGCGGUGUGCGCGGGUCCGGCGCCGCUGUCCGCGCGGACGGUGACGGACGUGCUUUCGGACCUGCGUGACCUUAUCGAUAGGUUCUGCGUGUGCUGUUGUGGCGUACGCGCUGGCGCCGCGACGCUGGUGGCGGGCGCGGGCGCCGGCGCCAGCGCGUGGCGCCGCGCGGCCGCGGGCGUGGAGCGGGCGGCGGCGGCGCCGGCGCGGCGGCUGCUGGCGCUGCUGCACGCGCCGGCGUCGCGGCUGGCCGUGGCCUUCCCGCACCCGCGCCUGCUGCAGUACGACUGCGGCAAGCUGCAGACGCUGGACGCGCUGCUGCGGCGCCUGAAGGCGGCCGGCCACCGCGUGCUCAUCUUCACGCAGAUGACGCGCGUGCUGGACGUGCUGGAGGCGUUCCUGUCCAUGCACGGCCACGCCUACCUGCGGCUGGACGGCGCCACGCGCGUGGACCGCCGGCAGCCGCUCGUGGACCGCUUCAACGCGGACCCGCGUAUCUUCGCGUUCAUCCUGUCGACGCGCAGCGGCGGCGUGGGGUUGAACCUGACGGGCGCGGACUCGGUCGUGUUCUACGACUCGGACUGGAACCCCACGAUGGACGCGCAGGCGCAGGACCGCUGCCACCGCAUCGGCCAGACGCGCGACGUGCACGUGUAUCGCCUCGUCACCGCCGCCACCGUCGAGGAGAACAUCCUGCGCAAGGCGGAGCAGAAGCGAGCGCUCGGCCACCUCGCCAUCGAGGACGGACACUUCACCACCUCCUACCUACGCUCGGCCAACAUCAAAGAACUAUUCGGUUCCGAGGCUGAAAAUGGUGAAACAGAAACGGUCGAGGCCGAACCCGCCGCCGGCGGAGAGCUCGAGUCCGCCCUCGCCGCCGCCGAGGACGAGGCCGACGCCGCCGCCGCCACCGCCGCGCGGGCCGAGGCCCAGGGCGACCUCGCCGAGUUCGACGAGACGCUGCCGCUCGACGACGAGCCCCGCGCCGCCGCCCGCGCCGACCCCGACGACCUCGCCGCGCUCAUGAGCCAGCUCACGCCCAUCGAGAAGUACGCCAUGCGCCUGGUGGAGAGCAGCGAGGCGGCCACCGAGGCGGAGCGCGCGGCGCUGGGCGAGAUGCGGCGCCAGCUGCGCGAGUGGGAGCAGGCGCGGCGCGCGCUGCGCAGCCAGUCGCCCGCCGCGCGCGAGCCGGCGCUGACGUACGCGCGCAGCGACGCGCGCGCGCAGAUAUGGGUGAGCAGUUCGGGAACCGAGGAGCGAAUGCCGAUGUGGUGUCCGCCCACCCCGCCCUCCGGCGACGGCGACGUGUACUGCGACAGCUGGGCGCGGCCGCUCUACCGCGCCGGCCCCGCCCCCGACGCGCUGCUGCCGCCCGUGCACCGCCGCGAGCCGCGCCGCGAGCCCCGCCGCGCCCGCGCCCCGCCCCGCGCCCCCCUCGCGCCGCCCUCGCUGUUCGAGCGCGCCGGCCCCCGCCCCCGCCCCCGCGCGCGCGCGCCCCCGCCCGCGCACCCGCACCCGCACCCGCACGCGCCGCAGCCCGACUGGGCGCCCAGCGAGGACGCGGCGCUGCGCCGCGCGCUCCGCCUGCAGCGCCUGCCCGCCGAGCCGCCCGCCGCGCUCGCGCCCAACUGGGAGUGGGUGGCCGAGCUCGUGGGCGCCUGCGCCCGCGCCUACCGCUCGCCUCGCGCCUGCCGCGACCGCCACGACGCGCUGGCCGACCCCGAGCGCGCCCGCCGCCGCCACCGCCGCCCGCCCGCCGCCCGCCGCCGCCUCGACGACGACGCGCCGCGCCCGCCGCUCGCGCGCCUCGACGCCAUGCGCGACGCCGCCGAGCGUCGCCGCGCCGCGCCCAAGCGCCGCCACGACGACCCGCCGCCGCACAACCCCAAGCACGCGGCGCUGCUGCACGAGCACGGCGUCGACUACGACGCGCCGCCCUCGCCCAUGGACGUGGCCACGCGCCGCGCCGAGCGCAUCGCCAAGGAGAAGCUGAAGGCGGGCGCCGCGGCCGCGCCCGGGCCCAGCGCGGCGCCCCCGCCCGCCGCGCCGCCCGCCGCCCCGCAGCGCAUCGUGGUGGCGGCGGCCGGCAAGGCGGACGCCGCGCGGCGCGUGCGGCCGCAGGAGCCGGCCGCGCUGCUGUACCGCCAGCAGUUCCCGCGCCAGCUCAAGAUCCUGCAGGGCGAGGCGGGCGUGCGCAAGCUGCAGCUGCAGCAGGUGGGCGUGCGGCGCGGUCUCGUGCGCCCGCACGCGCACUCGCACGUCGUGGUGGCGCACCUGGCGCCGCCCGCCCCCGGCGCCGCCCCCGGCCCCGCCCCCGGCGCCGCCCCCGCGCCCGCGCCGCCGCCCGAGCGCCCGCGUGCUCCCGACCCGCGCCAGUGAACAAUAAACUGCUACCACCGA